AUGACAUCCUUAAUUGAACCAAAGAACAUCAAAUCAGUCAUCUUAAUUGUCAUCAUUGGCUGCCUUGGUGUAAAUGCCAUUUGCAAACCAGGUUGGAUAGAACGUGGCUCCUCUUGCUACAAGUUCACAGAUAAUCAGAUGAUAUGGAAGAAUGCAAACACAUACUGCCAAGGGCUUGGUGGCAUGCUGUUGGUCAUUGAGUCAGAGGAAGAGAAUGAAUUCAUUGCAGAAGAAAUGAGAAAUUCAGGCAUGCCCAGGGCCUGGCUUGGCUGUAAUGAUGCAAGGAAGGAGGGCACAUGGGUGUGUUAUCCUGAAGGUGUCAAUGGAAUGCAGUAUACCAACUGGAAAAAAGGACAGCCAAACAACUAUAACAACCAGGAUUGUGCAGCAAUAAAUGUUAAAAAUGAGAGGAAUGGCACAUGGGGUGACCGAUCUUGCAAUAAUUGGAAUGACAUCAACACCAUAUGUGAGACAAGCAGCAGAGUCUCUGCCAUGUCCUGCUACAUUCUGGGUCCUGAUGGCCGCAUUCAACCAUAA